AUGAGCAGCAGCACCAUAACAAAACCAGCACCAGCUGAAGGCUCACAGUGGAAUGAUGAGUCGGAAUGGAUUCAUGACUGGGAUUACAAACGUAUUUUGCCAGAGUAUACGAAACGGCCUAGUUCGGGGGUCUUGGAAAUACCCAUGGAUGUCGCAAUGGAUGUUGACGCCGAAGGGCUCCAUCCCUUGUCUGGACAAAAGCCUUCCGCCGCUUACGAUCAAGAGAUGGCCAUCUUUUGGUCCAGAAUCCCCAAGUAUUUGAGCGACAGUUCGUCUGAAAUCUCCGAUCACACCGAGUUCCACGCGAUGGAUUUUCACGAACUUAACGAUGAACUCGUCGCUCUAGAACCAGACACCAACCGGAGCUCCAACGAUUUGACUGCUUUCAACAAACCUCCUCCAUUCAGUUGGGAUCAGCAGCAGACUAUGGACGAUUCCAUGAAAGUGGAUGUAGAUUCUGUCAUGUCUUCUCCUCUUCAGGAUGAUGAAGGGUUGCUGCAAAAUGGUGGUGAAUCCAAAUAUUACCCACGCGGUGAAACCAGUAACGUUGCUCGCGCACCCGACGAUGCAAUGAAUAUGGACGACAGUGUACCAGGUAUGGGUAAGAGUAUGAGUAACUAUCCACAACAGUUACUCAAGGAUGUUGUCAAGCAUCCGAGACAUACAACCGGCCAACCUGAGAAGCUUCCUACCGCACCAAAGGGCCAACAAGAGCAGCUUCUCAAGGAGAUGCGUCACUCGUAUCAAGAACGACAACCUCGUCAAAAACUACCAAGUCCUCCGCAAGAACAGCAAAAGCUUUUACAGGAGAUGCGUCAUAGAGGACACAGCAAGAAAAAGAAGCACGAUAUCUACAAUCGUCAACAACAGAUAUUACAACAACAGUUUGUGCAAACCCCACAUGCACCAUCUGUACCCGGCGCACGAACGCACCUUCCUUCACCUCCGGCUGGACGAACACCACCACGUAGGGCUUCCAGUGUUUCCGUGAUGUCGGUAUCCUCCUCGCCGAUAUCCGUGUCGGAAAUCUUCUCGGCUGAUUUGUCACAAGAAGACUACCAUGCCAAAGUACGAGAAUUGACAGAAAAGAAUCUCUUUCAACGCCAACAGAGCUUGUUACAGGAGUCCAUGAGACGAACCUUGGAAUCCCGGCAGGCACUUCGAGUGGAAACGAGCUGGCCUCAACAGUACGAACGAGGCGACAAGCUCAUGCAAGUUUUGGAACAAGUGGAUUCGACGAGUCUCAAAAUAUCUCAGACUUAUCACUUGAAAAUUGGCUUUGGAGCUGCAUAA